AUGCGUGAAUCGAGUGCCUAUGAUAGCCCCAUAACCCAACCAAGUUUACCUGUGCUCUCGUGCGCGAUCAAUCUCCUUCAAUAUUUCGUGGAGGAGGAUAGGAAUCGCCACGUGACACGGUCCGGUCAGCAAUCGCAGCAGGUCGCACAGGGCGAAAAUGGAAAACACCCACCUCCUGGUGUCACAACCGCUGAGGAACCCAUUGAUGCGGAAGCCACAGCCGGCAAGCGAAAGAAGAAGAGCAAGAAGAUCGCUGGUAAAACAGUUACCACCGACGGGGAUAACGCUCCUGCGGAAGGAUUGGCAGGGGAGCAAGGCUUCCGGUCCCCCGCGGAAUCUGCGGGCAUGUGGGGGGAAUGGGGUUCCCAGGCGCGCCUACACGCACUGCGCGCCGUUUUCGAGUUCGCGCAGCUGUCCCUCCUCCGAUCCAUCCGCCCCGGACCUGCUGGCGCUGGCUCGGGCUCCAAACGAGCCAGGCCUGGCUCGGGAACGCCAGGCUCGGCAGAGAAGCUUGCUGGGGAGAAGGGGGGAAAGAGGCGGAAGAAUCAGGCGGGAGGCAAAGCGGAGGGGGAAGGGAUAGGGGGAGGGAAAGUAGAAGGCGAUGGGGAAGGUAAGGGGGAUGCGGGGAAGGGGAGGGACGGAGAUUCGGCCCCUGCUCUCAUGGAUGCACGCUAUUGGUUCGUUCUGUCUGCGUCUCUCUCGCUGCUGCAGCACCAUCCUGGUUGGCUGGUCGUCUCGUCCAACCUCUUCCAGCCAAUCACGGCGCUGCUCUCUGCAAUGACUCAAGACAAUGCCCUUCACAGAAUUCUGAAUAAAUCAGGACAAGCAGCACCAGCACCGGCAGCAGCAGCAGCAGCAGCGGCAGCAGGGGAAGUGCCAUCUAUAGGACGGAGCCUUCACGCCCUGCUCACUGUUCUCUUGAUGCCGAGCCUGACAGGCAGGCUCAGCGCGUCGGAUCUGAAAUCUCUGGGAGCGCCAGGCGUGGGGUUCAAAGCGUCAAGCCCAGUGGCGUUCCAUCCGAGCCUGGAGCACUGGGUCGGUCUGGUCCGAGCCUCCCUGCAGCUUCUUCAGAGCCUGCUAUGGCUCGGAGGCAAUAAUGAAUCAUCCGUAAAAGCAGCAUCACCAGCAUCAGCAUCAGCGGCAGCGGCAGCAGGAGCAGCGGACGAGUGGGGGCGGGUGUGCAGUGUGUGUCUGCAUGGGUUUGGUGUGUUCGCAUCAAGCCACCCGCAGGGCAAGAAGGUGUUUGUUGCUGUGCUCUCUCGCCUGCUGCCCCUUGUGCUGCAGCUAAGGACACACCUCGUUCAGGGUCAGGGGCGGCUGGGGAAGGGGGGAGGAGAGUUGGGGGAGGACACGGUGGGUUUAGUCUUAUCUGCAAUGGACGUGAUUGUGAAGGAGGCGUUGUUUGGACGCGUGCAUGCAGAGGGGUAUGUGUCCCAGUGCGCGGGUAUAGCUACUGCUAUGGCUGCUGGUGUGGGUGGUGGUGGUGGUGGUAAGGUUGGGGGAAUGGGUGGGCAGAGAACAUGCAACAGAGGAACACCUGAGAAAACACCUGGGGAGUCAAGACAUGGACGGAAGGGAGGGAAUGUUGGGGGGGCGGCAGAGGGUGAGGGUGAGGGUGAUGGAGAUGUGGAAGGUUUGGGGGAGGAAGGCAGGUUCGGCAGCUACCACCGGCAGUUCCUGGCGUUUCUCGAGGCUGGGAUCAGGUCCGGGAACGUGCCGAUCCUGCACAGCCUUGGGUGGGUGUUUGGGAUUUACUCCCGGAGUGUGGUGGAAAUUGCAAGAGAGAGAGUAGGCGAGGUGGGAGGGAGGGGGAAGAGGAGAAAAGCAGCAGUUCAGGGGGGGAAAGGAGGGGUGAGUGGUGAUAGGGAUGGAGGGGAGGGAGAAGGAGAGGAGAAGGCAGGGGAAAGGGGUGUGGAAGUGGGGGGAGGGAGAGGAGGAGGAGGAGGAGGAGGGGGAGGAGGAGGAGGAGGAGGAGGAGGAGGGGGAGGGCAGGGAGGAGGUAUGGGAGGAGUAUUGGGUGCAGAUGAUCCGGAAGUGUCUCAGCUGUUGCAGUCGCGGUUCAAUCUUUUUGCGCAUCUGCUGAGGCCGCUGAUAGGCGAACUGCGAGGCCAAGUGGUGGCGCUCACACAGGGGGGCGCGCAGGCAGAGCAGCAGCAGCACCAGCAGCAGCAGCAGCAGCAGCAGCAGCAGCAGCAGCAGCAGCAGCAGCACCACCACCACCACCACCACAAGCACCAGUGGUCCCAGCAGCACCGAAAGCAGCAGCAGCAGCACCAAGGCAAAGCAAGCCGAGGUGGUAACCAGUCGGCAGCAAGCAGUGCUGCGGAUCCUGCCAGCCUGGCAGCUGUGCUACGUGGCACAAGGGCAAUGGUGGACGCUGCCAUAGAGGAGGGUAUCUACGAUGGGCUGUCAGACGUAAGCGACAGCAGCAUUGGCAGCAGCCGCGGCCACACCAGCAGCGGACGAAGCAGAGGAAGGAGGGUAGGAGUAGAAGCAGGAGCAGGGGGAGAGGGAGGGGCGACGAGACUGGGUCUGCUGUUGCACUUGGCUGGGCUGGCAGGGGAGGUGGGCAGUGCGUGGCGCAUGUGGGACAUUGUACAGAAGCCUGGUAUAGGUGCUACUGCUUCUGCUGUCGCCGGUGCUAGCGGUGAUGGUGAUGGGAGGCACCAAGGGGACGCAGCAGCAGCUCAGGUUUGGGCCGAGCUUCUCCAGCUGCUUUGGGGGCUGGUUCGGCUGGAGCCUAGGGUGGUGGUGCUCGUGGAUGGCCUGCAUGACGCCACGUGGCAGCUUGUGAUUGGGGCUUGCACUGCGUGUGAGAAGGCACGAUCGGAAGGGUUUGAUGCAGGUGGUAACAAGCGGAUGUUGGAGGAGCAGCGGGCGGCAGGGUGGGCGGCAGUGUGGGUGGCGGCAGUCAAGAUUGCCAGUCAGCUGUUGGUGACGUGGAAAGAUAUGCGACAGCUAGUGCUGGCCAUCCGAGCCAUUCUCUCUUCCACCCUUGGCUCCAGGCGACCUCUUCUCGCGCUACCUUCUACCCUGCCCUCCUUGGUAGCAUCGGAAUCGCCUGCAGCAGUGGCAGCAUCUGCGGCGCUCCUGUCGUCGCCGGACCUCCUCUCGGUGGUCCGGGAGGCUGCUGCUGCGGUCCCUCCAGGCCAGGUGCCGAGCCUGCUGCUUAGCUUCGGGGAGGAGCAGGUUAUGCUGGUGGUUGGUUGGGAGGGUGACUCUGAGGGAGGGAGAAAGAAAGAGGAAAUGGAGGGUGUGGGAUGGGGCGAGGAGGAGAAACAGAAGGGGAGGAAGGCAAAGAAGGGGAAGGCUGACCAGGUGGUUUCUCAGGUGAAAACUCAGAUGCAGGGAGCACAGGAUAGGCUCACCUGGGCGGCUUCCAGCUUCGUUGCUACAGUGCUCCGCAGCCUGCCUGUUGCACUGGGAACCGCCAUCCAGGUGGACGGCAACGUCUGUCGUCUAGUGCAGUCCCUUGGGCGGUCUGUGGUGGGCAAGUGGGUGGCUGCUGUGCUGGCAAGAACCAAUUGGAUGGAUGGGAAUGGGAAUGGGAAGGACUCUACUGCCGACCUUGCUCUUACCCUUGUUCGCCAUGCGGCAGCAAGCAUCGGGGCAGGCCUUGAAAUGUUUCUGGCUGCCCAUGAGCUGCACCUGCGGUGUCUGUACAAUGCACCUCCCUCAGAAGAGUCCAAAAUGGGCCACCGCUUCAGCCUCUCGUUCCCGCUCCCGCUCGAUCCUGCUGUAAGCGUGCCAGGCUUGGCAGAAACUGGCUCGGCAGAGUUAGGUUUGGCAGGGACAGGUUCGGCAGGGGAGGUUGCUGGAGCUGCUGCUUUGGGGCAGCCUGCUUCCAGAUGGCGGUUUGUGAUUGGCUGGCUGAACCGAGUGAUGAAUGGAAAGGCAGAGGAGGAACAAGAGCAGCAGCAUGAGGAAGAGGAUCAGCAAGGGGAGGAAAGCAGAGAGCUGCUUCGGCUGCGCUUCCUGACUCUCUCUGCUGCUACCACUGCCCUCUCCUCCCUCUCCCCGGUGCUGCCUCUGGGUGCGAGCAGUGCGGGUGGUAAGAGUGGCGGACUGUGGGGAGAGACGGAGGCAGCAGCAGAGGCGGGGAAGGGGAGGAAGAAGGUGAAGCGGGGAGGAGCAGAGGGAGCGCGGGGUGUGGGGGAAGAUGGAGCAGUGGGGAGUGGUGUUGGUGCGCUGGCUGCUGCUGUGGCCCAUGAGCUGUCGUUCGGGUGUGUGGGGGCGGGAGAGGGGCGGAGCCGGUGGGUGGUGAUGGGGAGAGAAACAGGCGGGAAAGAGGACGCCGGAGCGGGAAGGAAGGAGGAAACGCACGAGGGAAGCGAUAGGUAUCCGAGCAGGAGGGGGAGGCAGUGGGACGGAACAGUGGGCAGCAUCAGCAGCAGCGGGGAUCUCAACGCGGCGUACCUCUCCCUUGCUGCUUCCUCCGCUCUCCCCCUGUGGAUCCCCGCUGCCCCUCGCCCCGCCGUUAGGGAGUUUGUGCUGCUGCUGCUCGCCCUCGCUGCUAGGGAGGUGCUUGGUGGUGCAGUAGGUGUUAAGGAGGUGGCGGGGGGUGCAGGAGGUAGGGCUGUGGCGGCUCUGGCGGCGCUGCGGAAUCCCGUGUUCUUCGAGAUUGAGAAUAUUCGUCACGUUUUGGCCAAGUCAUUUGUGACUAAUCUGCGGGCAGCUGUGAAGGGCAGCCUGAAACUCUCCACCACCUGCCCACCUUCUGCCCUAGCAGAAACGUGCAAGGCUGGCUUGGUUUCACUGCUGUCUGCCCAAACAAUUCCAGGCAAUGAGCACGCAGGAAGAGAAGGACAAAUGACUUCAGAGGGCAGUUCAAAAAAAAGAAAAGGAAAGAAGAAAAAAGGGAAGGAAGGAGACGACUCCACUGGGGUGAGUGGUAAAGGUGAUAGUAACGUGAGUGAUACUAACGAGAAGAAGUUUUCAGGGAGUAUGCUCGCCAUGUUGGCUGAUCAGGCAGCUACUGAGCUGGCGGAUUCAGUCCUCCAUCUUGUUCAAAUCCCUGAUGCUGACUCAGCAGGCACAGAUUCUGACUCAUCAGAAGAGGAGGAGGAUGGGGAGGAGGGUGGGAGAGAAGGGAGAGAGCAGAAGGGGAAGGGUAAAAGGGAUAGGGAGGGGGAGUGGCAGGUAGAUCCAGGGGAGGUAGAUCUGGUGCUGGUGCUGCUGCAGCUGCUACAGGCUGUCCCCCCUGACUGCUGGACGGCUUCAGAUGCGCUGCGAUUGGUCGAAUGCCUUGCUGGCGUGGAACGGUGCUUCAUGGCGCCUCUGCUGCUCCCUCCUCCCUCACCUACAACUCCCUCUCAUUACAGUCACAUUCAAACUUUAUCGAACCACCAACAUCAUCAGCAGCAGCAGCACUCGUUUUCCUCUUCCUCCUCUCUUCUCAUGAACUGCUCCCUUGCCUGCAGAAUUGCCCUCCUUCGUUUUCUCUGCCUCCACCAAUCCCUCUCCCAACCCACUCGUUCCGAACCAAGUUGUCCCGAGCCAGGGUCUGGUCCAGUGCCGAAGCUGCUGCCGUGGCUGGUGGUAGGCUCGUUGGGAGCAGGUGUGGUGAACCGAAGGAAGCAGCAGGAGGGAAGGAAAGGGGAGGAGAGGGCAUGGGCUGGGGGGGCAUUGGAGGUUGGGGACGCAUUGGGGGAUGAGGAUGCAUGGGAGGCAAUGAUGGCAGCGAGUGGAACAGCAGUAGGCAUGGCAGUGCAUGGGGUCAUGUUGGAUGGUGGUACUGAGGGGAGCAAGGAGAGCGGCGAGGGGAAGGAUAUUGGCACUGCCAUUGCCUGUCUGUCUCACUCCCAUCCCGAAACCGCCACUGCUCUCAUUUCCUCCGUUGAAAUCCUUGUCUCUGUCCCCCGCUGCUACCCCAUUCCUGCUGAUGCUGCAUCAGCUGUAACAGCUGAAGCAGCAGCAGCGCCAGCAUCUGUAGCACCCGUGGCACCGGCUGCUGCUGCUGCGAUAUCUGCAGCGGCUGUAGCGGCAGCUGUGUGUUCGGGAGCACUGUGGGAGAUGGCAGCUGUAGCAGACGGAUUGAGAAACGGUGGCGAUGAGUCAGCAGCACCGGCUGUAGCGUUUGCUAGUGAUACAGUGGGUUCGGCUACAGCUGUUGGAGAGGAGGGGAGGGGGAAGGAGGAGGGGGGAGACGGGUCAUUGCUUGCACGAUGGGGCGGUCGGAUUCCUGCCACGUGGCGUGCUCUGAUUGGCUGCCUCGAGCCUGCUGUUGAAGGGGCGUUGAGGGGGAUGCUGGGGGAGAGUGAGAAGGGGAGAGAGGGGGGAAGAGGGGAAGGGGAGGAAGAGGAGGUGGGAGGAGAAGAAAUGGACGAUGGUUUUGAUUGGACGCCACUGCGUGAACUGGGGUUUGAUGUGGCUAGGGAUGGUGGUUUGCUUGAUGUGCGUGGUGGGGAUGUUGGUGGUGAUGGGGAUGGUAUUGGUGAUGUGAAGGGGAUAGGUGGGGAUAGGGUGGAGGAAGAUGAGGAGGUGAGUGAUAAAGAGGAGAGCGAGGAAGAGGAAAGUGAGGCUGAGGACGAUGAUGGUGAGGAGAAUGAGAGUGAGGACAGUAAGGAAGAGAGUGAGGAAGAGGAGAGUGAGGAAGAGUGUGAGGAAGAGAGUGAGGGGAGUGAGGAGAGUGAGGAGGAGAGUGAGGAGAGUGACGAGGAGACUGGGGAUGAGAUGGAAGUGGAUGGAGAUGCAAGUGCCAGCAAGCGGGGGAAGAAGCCACGUCCCCAGUCACCUUCCAAGACAGAGAGAGGAGCAGCAGGAGGAGCAGGAGGAGAAGUGGGACGAGGAGGAGAAGGUGCAGAGUGGGAGGAGAGCUGGUUACGCAGUUACCACCUUCCAGACUCGCAGAAACACACCCUCAAUUGCCUCCUUACAAGCACAUCCGAUUGCGUGACAGCAGCCCACCUGUUCUCUGGUGCCGCUGCUGCGCUGCACCUCAGGUGCGCGCUAGUCAUGAGUGAGGGCGAUAAAGAACCCGCGAGAGAAGGUGGGACGGAGAAGGCUGCACAGACAGCUCAAGAGGGAGGGAGAGGGCGAGGGCGAGGGAGAAGGAAAGAGAGGACGGGGAAGUGGGGUGCACAGGUGGAGGGAGAGGAGGACCACGAGGAGGAGAAAGAGAAGGAGCAAGAGGAGGAGGAGCGGAGAGCUGUGGGAGGAGAACGGGUAGAAGCACAGAAGAGGUACACUUUGUCACGUGCGUUUGUUGAGAGCGCAGUGCAGCCCAGGCUGGCAUCCGCACUCUUCAUUCUCCACCACGCCUCCCUGCUGCUGCAACGGGGUGCACAUGCUCCUCCAGCUACAACACCCUCUUCUGAAUUCGCUGAAGUUGCCAUUACCCCAACUGCCACAUCUCCCACUGCUGUCACAGGAGCGGUCCCAGCAGGAGCAGAAGCACCGGGAUGGAGACCAGAAGCACGGGGAUGGAGACCAGAAGGUGCGGGUUCCGUGUCUCGCCCCUCUGUUUUGCUCUCUGCCGCGCCCCUCCUCCUCGCAGUGCUGCAGUACACUCAAGUGGCUGGCACACGCAUGCUCCGCUGCGUCUCCCCCCACCCCCCCGCCUCCGCCUUCCGGCGAAUCGUGCGAGUCCACCUGGCGCUCCUCUCCGCCCUCUCCUUACAGUCACAGUCGCUGUCGCUUUCUGCAGGAUCAGCAGCAGCGGAAGUAGAGGCAGCACGGCAAGUGGUGGCAUCGCUGCUGCAAGCCACAGACGGGGCGUUGAAGCAGUUUGUGCAGUGGGCGUGGCACGGGUGGGUGGCAGUGGUCUUCCGCACCUGCAGGCACGAGCUCGCCUUGCAGCUGGAGGGGGGCGCUGGAGGAGGGUGGGCAGGGCUGGGAGAAGGGGAAAGGGGAGGCGAGAGGGGAGAGGAGAGAGGAGAGGCAAGGCUGCAGGCGAGGGCUGGGGGCAGCGGGCAAAGCACGUAUAUCAAGGGGAGUGCUGCUCAUGCAGAAGGGGACCUCUCAACGGAGUUUGGCAGCUCAGCAGGAUUGGAGAACGGUCCAAUAGGGUUGGAUGCGGUGGCAGUGCUGGCAGAGAAGCUCAUUCACAGCUGCCCCAGCGGCCAGUCGCUGCACUUCCUUGCUGCCCGCUCGCCCCUCCUCGCCUCCCUACUCUUCAAAGCCAUUACCUCCUACACACACUCUCAUCUCUAUCCAUCCUCCGACUCUUCCGCCUUUCACGUCCCCUCGGUACCCGCACUCGCUCCCUCACUCUUUCCUUGGCUCAACCUCUCACCCGCUCCUUCCAUUACUCCCGCCAGUUUUUUCACCAUCUGCCAUCACAGCCUGUCAGCUCUCACGACUCUCGCUGCCCGGAGCGCAAUUUUCCCUUUUCGGGCAGGCCACGUCAGCCUGGGUCUCGCCUGCCCGAACCUCAUUCUGCCCUCCAUUGCAGCUUCUCCUGAUUCGUCCGUUGGCAUGGGCCUGGGCGAACGGGCGGCGUUGUUUGUUGGUUUCUGCCAGCUGCUUUGUGCUAUCAUUCGUCAGAGGAGCCGGUAUGUGUGA